GGGGCCACCGCGAACGUCGGCGGCGCGAGGUUCCCGAGGUUUCCGUCCACGUCGAAUACAACGGUGAACCCAGACGAUAUCUGAGCAGAUAUCCUAGUUUCGGGGUCCCGUAGUUUCUGAGAGCGCCACUAAUUGGCGGGUCUUCCGACUAGAGAGUUCGAUGGUGUCGACCGGUUCCUUCACGGUUCUCGAUGAAAGUGGCGCAUCAGUGCUACCUAUUCUGGAUCCUCGGGGUAUGAGACGAAGCCCUCCAAGGAAUGUCUAUUUGAAGACUUCGAGUGGUCCUACGGAAACUCAUGGCCCUCUGACUGAGGGCCCCCGUCUUCCGACCCCUCCGAUGAGCAGCCCAGAGUCGUCGUCGCCCCCUCCCCCUCUCCUGUCACGGGGUCGAUCCACUAAUGUCUCUUCGCCAGACAUAAUCCCCCAAGAAGUUCUUCAGGGAAUUUCGAAAAUCGCCCUGGUCAAAAACUUCAACAGGCGGCACAUUGAGAAUGAGAUCAAAGAAAGGCGGCAAUCGGAACUCCUUGCCGAGAAGACUCCACAAAAUGACACCAAAGUACAUACAUCGUCUCCGGAGGACGAGGAGCGUCUUAUUCUAGAUGCCAACAAAAAUGGGCGAAUCUCGCAGCUCGAUGAAGUGGAUGAGUACCAAAAACGAAUCGAGCAAGAGAAUUCCCAACGGAAACUACUUCUUGCCCAAGCUGUUCUCGACAGAGAGCGGAGGACGGUGGCAGAAGUUCAUCGCUUGGAAAGAAUCAAAACGGAACUCGCGAGACUCGAUCACAUCCUUAGCUCUGACGUGGCCAUACUCAGACGAGAGAUCGAAGCUGCAAGCGUCGAAUUCAACGAGGCUGAGAAGAAUUAUGUCCGAAUCGAGAAGGAGUUCAUCGAGGCCAAAUUCUUAUUGCAUCAGAAGCUGGAUCGCAAAGAGAAGCUCACGGAGCACCUCUGUUUCAUAAUCGAAGAGAACGAGAGUAGAAAAGCGAAGAAACUGCAGCAGCUCAUGGAUGAACUCAACGAGGAUGCAACGCGAGAAGAUUAUCAGAUCCUUCCCGUUUACGACCAAGAAGAGUUGUGUUCGUCCUGUGGUGGUUUCCCCGAAUCCACAACGGACGACGAAUCGACGAAGAUGAAAUCUCUCCCUUCUCAACUCGCGCAAUGA